CGUCCUUGACCAGGCCCCUCUGUCAUGUCUGUUGACAACUUUUCGCUAUCUUCUUAGUGACUUUGUUUCUUGAUAAGUGCUCUUUUGUUGCGACACAGUGCAUAUUUUACGGGAACCAGGGACUAGACGUGAUAGGAGUUUAGGGCACGGAUGUAGAUCAACUGCCAUGGCCACUGCACAACCAGACUACACGUGUAAACUUCCGCCUCGGUUGAUUGCCAAGGCGGAGGCUGAGCUGAGGGAGAAGCCACAAUGGAGGGAGAGGGAUAUUCAGGCCCUAAGGGACAUGGUCGUGGCAGUGCCAGGUCUCCACGCACGAACAGAUGAUGCUUUUCUCCUGCGUUUCUUACGAGCACGGAAAUUUGAUUACGACCGUGCGUUACAACUGGUGCUCAACUACUACCAAAUACGCUGUGAAUUUAAGGAGAUUUUUUGCCGUUUUGUUCCGUCAGCAAUAAGGGAGGUUUUGGAUGACGGGUUGAUCCAUGUGCUUCCAUAUCGUGACAGCAAUGGCUGCCGUGUCAUCAUCUUACGGCCGGGGUGCUGGGAUCCGGUUGAGAAGCGGUACCCGUUGUAUGACGUCAUGAGGGCAAUGCUGAUGGUGCUGGAGAAACUGGUCCAGGAAGAAGCGACGCAAGUCAAUGGUGUCGUCCUCAUCAACGACCUGUCCGGGGUGACAUGGAAACAUGUGAAGGAAGUGAUACGCUCCGGCUACAUCAAGUCCAUGUUAUCUACAGUUCAGGAUGCGUUCCCAUUGCGGCUCAAAGGCAUUCACUACAUCAAUGAACCGUCCGUAUUUGGUUAUAUUUCACCUUUAUUCAAACCAUUUGUCAAGGAAAAGCUGGGAACAAGACUUCAUUUCCAUGGAGGGAACCAUGCAGGUUUAUUUGACUUCAUACAUCAAGAUAUACUUCCAAGAGAUUUGGAGUUUGGUGGUCUGGGGCCAAGGUUACCCACUAAAGAUUUCCACAACAUGCUGCUGACCUGCGAUGAGGAAUUCCUAGAAUAUUCAAACUAUUUCCUUGAGGAAUGCAGCAUGUCCAAGUUCCAGCGGCGCGAGGACGGAACAGUUGAGUGUCUGACAGGAGUGUAUAAGAUGUCGGUGGACUAAAAAAACACACUAUAAUUGACGAAUUGCUCAAAAGGUGGUUGCACAGAAGAAUCGCAGUGAAAUAGUCCCACUCAUUCAUGGUGUUUUGGUAUUUGAACCUUUCUGUGGAACUGUUAGUAGUAUAAAGUAGUAUGAAAGGUGGUGUGGAAUUUUACAAACUGCUGAUAAGAAACAAAGUGUAUUUUUACAUGGCACUGUUAAUCUGCACCCUUGUGAGUCACUGUACUGUUUGUCAACAGUGAUUUUUAUACAGUGUUUUAGACAUUUCAGGCUCUCACACACCAUGUUGAGUCACAGUGUGUAUGUGAGAUCAACUUCCUUAACAGCCAUCAUGACCACCAUCUCACUGCCACACUAAGUCUGAAGUUUCCUCCAAAUAGACUGUGUAACCUGCAAAUAUAAAAGUCAUGGCUUUCUAGUGUCCAUUUAAAGGGAGCAUAACACCAGUAGAAUUGGGUGGCCUAACACGAGAUUGUUGAGAUCAUUGACAAUGUUUAUGUGGUCUGAUUCUUUAUUUUACAUGUAGGUGGCUAAUAGUAGUCUUGAAUCAUUUUCAAUAUCUCUUUGCCAAUAGUGAUCUUCAUUGAACUGAGCGAUCUCUUGUCUCUGAAAUAACUUGUGAAGAUGUUGUGCUGUGAUAUUGGCCAGUGCACAAUUGGCCCCUCACGAUCAUGUUUCCCACCAGUGAUGUUCUCUUCUUUCCUACCAAUAGUGUCACUUGGAUAUAUCACCCAAGGGGGUGCAAAGUAUCUCGUAGCAGAGGCUACAGCGCGUAUUGAGGAACUAUCUGAUGAGGUGGCAUUCAAUUUCAAACAAUGAUCGUGUGAGGUCACCAUGCCCACUUAAGUAAUAAAUAUGAACUGAUGUUCAUAUAUAAGCUCCACAUCCAGAAGUAUUAAGGUAGCAGGAAGGGGUAGGCAUUUGUGGUUUCCGAGUGCGAGGGGGUAUAGGGGUGUCUGUUGACUGUGCUUUAAGAGAGACUAGGCAUGUGCCAGUCUCCCUUAAAGCAUAGUCAACAGACAACCAUGCCAUCCCAAGCUUUGUGUCUUAUGGACCAUUCUGGGAAAACUCAAUGAGGAAGGUAUGCUCAUUAGCAUAGUCUAUUAUUAGCCCCUGCUCGAGGUAAUCUUGCGCAGUGCUGCUUCUGCCCACAUACAUUGUGCUGGAAACCUCUCGUACAAAGAAAGUCUGGCAUGCGCCAGACUAAUAAGUAAAGAACUUCUGGCUGCGCGAGACUACUGUGAUAAAAAUUACCAUUGCAGAGACUCUGUGGCAUAGGCAUAUAUUUUUUUGGCAAUUAAAAAUGCUCUCAAAAGACGAUAUGGGAUGAUUAUUUAUUAACAUUUCCUCAACUAUAUACCUUCUAAUUAUCACUUUACAUAAAUAGGUUGGCGAUAGGUGGCGUGCUUUUCUUUCCUCAUGACAAUAUACAGCAAAAUAGUUACAACCCUAUAAACGCGCUAUAAGUCCGUAAUGAGAUCACGGUGACCUGUUAUAAAAUUUUUGCCAGCUUCGCUAUUGCCGCUACGCGGCACGUUGUGUUCUUGCGUCGAGUGCUCUGUUGGUGAAUACGGGAGCGUCACUGUGGCCUACUGGUAGUCUAUCACGUCUGAGGGCAUUUGAAACAUGGCUAUCCGGUCGUUCAAAACAUGGCCGAUUGGCGUUAUCCAACUUGGCUGCAAGGGUUCUUAUGCAUGCAUGUCAGCUUUAAGAUAAAGGCAUAUCUGAGUACAAUUGUAAAUUGUCCAAGAGUAAAGGAUGUGCGAAUUAUUUAUUGUAUGGAUUGACAGAUGUCGUUUAUUAUGUAGAUAUUACAGUUUACACAUCAAGGUUACACAUUGUGUCUACUACCGUAUCAUGUACAUGUAGCAUUUGCGAAGGAAGCUUAGAGAUGUAUAUCAAUGUUCUUAGAUAUCUAAGUUUUGUAAUGUCGGAGUUAAUUCACAAGUCUAUUAUGUAAAUUUGGCAAAAUGCAUAUACAGUUUGUGAGCUGUGAACCACAAGGGUCUAUUUCCACUUUUAAUCAAAUUUGAGUUGAUCUUACCAACAAUUCGAGCAUUGAAAAUCCACAUGAAAUGGCAUCAUAUUGGCUCAAAGCCAAUUCAACAAAGGUCUCUCCAAAUAUUUGAGUUUUCUGAUCAAAAUAACGAAGGGUCUAUCUCCAUGCGAGCCAAGCUGGACACAAAACAAGACACAUAAUGAAAUCCAUGGCAGUGCAGAUUGGCCUUUGUGAUAUUGAAUCAGUCAUGAAGUUCAAACAUCCACAUAGCCAGGUAUAAAUGAUUCUUAUAUUGGUUGUUACACAGGGAGGACCAUGAAAUACUACCCAUAUUUUUGUUUGAGCAAUAACUAGAAUGGCCUCAGAGACCGCUUCAUGUGGCCCUCCGGUGAACUUUACCUAUUUCUGUAUACACCAGAGAUUCCAACAAGGCUGAUAUUUGUGAUUGUUUCGGUCAAAAGCCAUCAUUAAUUGCAUAUUGACAGAGUCAUGUUGCUCUUUGAAAAAUCAAAUCAUAAACCUGCAAUUUGACUCUGAAAUUUCAACUGCAGUUUCCUUAAAAUAUGAAAUAGUGGAGAAAGACUGUAGUGGAUGUCCACUCAGGAGUUUAGAUAGGAGUUUGAACAUGAGAAAUAUUCUUAACACUUUGGAUGUGUAGUGGUUUCUCUCUGAAUGGCUUUGCCUGCUAUAGUCUAGUUUCAACCACUCCAGGGCCAAUGAUUAAAGUCGUACUUCCACCUAUCAAAUCCCUGUGUCUUUUGCGCUUACACCUAUGAAUUGCCGUGUCUAAAUAGACCCGUGUGUCAAAUCCCCUUGUCUAUUAGCCCCAUCGAGCUCGAUGGGGCUAACCGGGGGCUAAUUUAGACCCGUGUUCAACACAGGUUUUUUGAUAGGUGGAAUCUGAAUAGACACGGCAAUUGCAAGUUCUAAGAUCCGGCGACAGAUGGCGCGGUGUAGUUGCCUCGGUAUUGCGCAUGCGAAAUUCUCCUCCAACGGGAAGAAACACAGGAGAGCUCCCUACCUACAGCGCACCUGUCGCCGGGGCUAUUAACCAUUAUCUAACACCACUGAUAGGUGUAAGUGCGCCCCAAGUUUUUUGACACACGGCGAAGACACGGGUUUGCUGAUUUAUGAAGUAAAACAAAUUGCAUUCGUGCAAAACUGUUUUUUUUCCUUGAAGAGUAAGUAGAUUGGAACUGUCCUGGGUUUUUUUACAGUCCAGAAUUUUCUGAGUGAAUUUCAGGGCGCAUAUUGCUAUGGGCCAAUUUAUGGGACAAUAUUUUUGCAAAGAAAGGUCUGCUGUGAUUUGUCUUGCUCGGGUCUCGCAAUACAAUCAACAUGCAUAUACUCUUUUAGGCUUUAACUGGUCCAGUUCAACAACACUAAUACAAGAAUAUUGUUUACCUAAAUGUUUAGUUUUGGCAGUUAUUCUUGUUUUGUCAAAAAAAGAUUUUUCUUUCCCUUGGUAUAAACAGAUUUCACAAGCAUUGGUCCUUGGAAAGUUGAAACUAAAGUUAUUGGUCAUGUAGGUGUGUUGCAUGUGCUGAUGUCGUUGUUAUACUUAUAGAUUAUACCCUAAUAUCCCACGAGGGAGAACAUGGUGCUAUUCCUUUUCAGAGGUUGCCAAAUCCAAAUCAAAGCCCCUAUAGUUAUACCCAGCCCAAUUUAGCUUGCUUAUCGAACUUGGGAGGCAUGAUGCAGGGAUGAUCCAUUCAAGAAUGACAAAGAGCCCCAGUUGUUAAAUAGGGAAAUGUCAGCAAUACUUGUUCUCUCUCGCAGGACUUUAGGGUAUAUGUGGGUUUGUGUCUGUAUAGGUUGUGAUGAUCUGCUCGAGUCAUAUACUGCGUCACCAGUUAAGAUAGCAAGUCUUAUUCAGGCCAAAUUAGAGCCACUUCCUCUCAUAAAACGUUCCAUUGUAUUAAAAAGAACAAAAUACGAUCUUUAUAAAUCAAACCUGACACUUUCUGGCGGGUUUUAAGGUGAUUUUAUGGUCAACUAUAAAUGCAGUGUAGGGCAGCAAUCAUAUCCGCGGGCUUAGGGGUGAUGUUACAGCCUCUUCGCAAAUCGAAAAAUUCUUUCCUUUUCUAUUUCCGUGGUGCUACUUUUCAAGAUGGUGACAACUUACUUGUACCAGAGGCGUUGCAAAGAACGAAAUCACUGCCUCCAGUGUCAUGAUUGAGAACCAAUAAGCUAGUGGCUUAUCGAAUCUGCUAGAGGGUGCCAUCCCUCGUGUAUAUUUUCAGGACUCGCAAGGUCGGCUUCAUCCAAACACAGGUGCUCAUCACCUGCCAUUUUAUGCUCUUAUGUGUUGAUGGUGGACCACUUGGACAGUGUGGCUGCUACCUCAGAGUAGGAAGGUGGGAAGCUAACUGUUGGUUGAAAGGUCAUGCAAAAUAAGGCAAUAAAACUUCUAUAUUUUUCA